AUGGAUGAGAACCAAUUUACAGUUAUUGUGUCAAGUAUUUUGACACUUAUUCUAUUGGUUUUGGCACGACUGAUAUCAGUGUUACCGGUGACGAAACGAGUCAAUAGAUUGAAUGAGCGUGAACAUGGUGCUUUUAACAGUAAUACUAAGGCAAAAGGGAAGCGGCAAAUGCUGAUUUUAUUAGGAUCGGGAGGUCAUACUGGUGAAAUGUUACGUGUUUUGGAACAGUGGAAGCAGUUGGAUAAGUAUGACAGAGAAUAUGUAAUAAGCACAGGAGAUGAAACAUCAAUUAUAAAAUUGAAACAAUUCGAAGAACAACAUGGAAGUUCAAAGAAUUAUAAAAUUACAUUUGUAUAUAGAGCUAGAAAUAUAGGCGAAGGAAAAUUCAAAGCCACAGUAAACACUCUGAGAAGUUUCAUUUCAACAAUAUCCACUUUUUCAGGGAAAAAUAAACUACCGGAUAUUUUUCUAACCAACGGACCCGGAACAGCAAUUCCAAUAGCAUACAUAUUAUUUAUAUUCAAGUUUUUCGGUAUGUGCCGAACAAAAAUCAUCUAUAUGGAGAGCAUUGCGAGGGUCAAAGACCUGAGUCUCACUGGAUGGUUAAUUAUGCCAAUCAGUGACCGUAUAUUAGUCCAAUGGGAGAGAAUAUCAAAGAAAUAUAGAAGAUGUGAAUAUUAUGGGAUGUUAGUUUAG